GUCGAGAGAUCAUGUAGCCGGGAUCGUGAAGACCCGGCAUCGAUUUGUGCUCAUGAGGAUCCUCGCAAGAAACCAAAUCGGUCGCGGUGCUUCAUAAGGGAGUGCUGUCCAUGCUUCAAAAGCUUCGGAGGAAAGACACCCAGGACAUAGGCUACUGAACUUCUCUUGCCUCUGCUUUGACGCCAGUGACUACCUGAUUGGCUGCAUGAAAGGUAUUAAGCCCUACGUCAUAAAUGACGUCAUAUCAUUCAUUCUACACACCCUUCAGUGAGCAGAGAGCCUCGAGAAACCUCGGCUGAAUCCUGCUCACUGAAGGGUGUAGAGAAUGAGUGAUAUGCUUCUUUCUUUCUGAUGGACUCACAUUCUCGGGAAAAGUCAGUUCGGCACAUUGCUGAGAUCGCAGCGAACGUAGCUCUGCUUCCAGGAGCAAAGGCCCGUCAUUGCCUUAUGACCAAAUCUCCGCUGCAUGCUCCAUUUUGAAGGAGCUACAGUCCAGUGAGGGCGAAGGCUUUCCCACAAGCCAUCGAGACCGCAAUGAACAGGCAACAACGACAGCUUGCGGCGGCUGGAGGCUGUAAGCUGAAAAGUGGAGAUACACAUGUUUCUCGAACAGGUAUCAAAGCCGAACCUGGGGCUCGAAGGAGAAUUAGUUGAAGGACAAAAUAAGACCAACCCCAUCCAGCUUUACAGUGAAAAUCAGUGAAAGGAACACUCUGUGGUGCACUGGAUGACGAUUUGGAAGUGGACAGUUGGCUUUCCUUCCUGUCAGGCCCAGAAACUGGAGGUACUUAUUCCACAUGAGUGGCAAAAAUCAUGGUCCUGGACUUCAGGUCGCAAGGCUUCCUGUGUCUAUUUAUCGCCCUGGGCUCACUCAGCAACAGAUAUGUGCAUUGGUAAGGUCGAUAGCACAAUGUACAGAAAUAUGCAAGGAUGCUUUCAGAUGAGAUCCUAGCCAAGAAAUCUGAAGAAACGUCGGACACAUAUUCGUGUUUUUUCGACUGCUUAUGUCUUAGGUCUUGUAUGUAUAUUCUAUGGUUGCUACUGUAAAAUCAAUUUCAAGUAUUGUGCCC